AUUCACAUUAUGAAUAUUCUAUUCUAGUUUGAGACUUCGUCGUGAAACAUUCUCUUCGAAUUCAUACAUUUCAUACAUUUCUUUGAACAUGAAGUUGAUUGUUCUUUUUGUGGGUCUAUGUGUCUCUGUUGGGGUGUUGUGCAGCGUGCCCGAUCAGGUUGAGGUUGGGUCAGCAAAUCCAAGUUACAGCGGCGAUGUGUUAGCAUCGAGUGAUAACCGGACAUCAAUUCGAGAGAAGAGGUUCAUUCCUCUUUUAGUGGGUUUAGGUGCUGCGAUUUUAUGGGGUGGAGUGGGUAUUGCAGUAGAAAAUUCAAUCGUAAAUGAUAUAGACGAGAGAUUCAAACCGCGACCACCUCAACCAAGUGUUAAUGAAUCGUUUGUGAAGGUAAAUAGACUGAUAAAAAGUUUUUCUGACCGAUUCGACAUUAAAAAGGAAUUGUGCGGCCCUCAACUGAAUCGCCGUAAAAGACAGCUAAAUCCUAAUAAUUCCCACUGCUCCCUACCCGUAACUGUCGGGGAAAACUAUUAUAACGAUAUAGAAAACAUAGCUGAAGAACUACGCAAUAACUCAGACCUCAUAACCGCUUACCUGCCCAUUGAAAGUGGGUACGCAGUUGAUAGUUAUACCACGAUGACAGCUCCAGCCAACCAAAAUCACGCACAACCCAUUGACUUGACCGUCACAAUGAAAGCUACUCUCACGUAUGCUAAGGCACAACAUCUGCGAGAGCCUAUUCAAACUUCGAUUACAGAGCGUAUGGAAGAAAUGGAUUGGUAUCGCGGAGGUAAUAAAAACACCAAUGAUGAACGAGGUCAUCUUUUGGCUAACUCUCUCGGGGGGCCUAGUUUACCAUGGAAUUUCGUUCCACAAAGUCCAUCAGUAAAUCGUGGAGUGGAAAUUAGAGGUGUGACGACAUAUUGUUGGUUUGACCUCGAAGCGGAUAUCCGAAGAAUUCUCCGACAAAAUCCGGACCAUAUCAUCGUUUGGACCAUCGUAGUUAGAUAUGGGGGUUUACCAGCUUCGCGCCGCCCGACACUUUUUUUGAUAUCGGUACGUCAUUUGGAUUCCGAUUAUCGAUUUAUAGACUAUCGCCAGUUUGUGAUUCCCAACAUGCCUUCGGAUGCCUGCACUAAUUCGAGCCAAUUCAAUUUUCUAACCCUCUAACCCGCAAGAUCACCUGAAGUCAGCUUUUUGUGCACGAAAAAAUUGUUCUACAUGUAAAAGUUGAAAAAAAAAAAUAUAACAUAUCCACUCAUUAACCAUUGCAAAUAGAUAAUAACAUAACUGAAAAAAAUCUU